AUGGCUAAGCAGCUUGGUCGCCAAUUACUAUCUUAUGUUCUCAUCUUCCUUCUACUUCUUCUCCUUCUAUCCAGUGGUAAGAUAGCAAUGGUGGAAGCAAAACUGUGUGAGAAGCGUAGCAAAACGUGGUCAGGGUUCUGUGCGCCAACUCCAGAAACCGCAGGCGUCAAUUCGGAGCGUGCACAACACGGAGCUUGUCAUGCCCAAUUCCCAGGAUUUGCUUGCUUCUGUUACUUCAAAUGUUGA